CCUGUGGGAAAAUAUUUGAGACCAGCUGUAAACGAACGAACCACUUUCGUACGACACAUUCUAAUGAAAAUAAAUAUAGAUGUCCUAACUGCUCUUGGUAUUCCGUAAGCAAAUCGAAACUCAAAAGACACGUAUCCACUCACGAUGCUCUUGGAAACACCGAUGUACCUCAGGAUCAUUUUUGUCCGAAGAACCGUCAAGAAAGUAAUAUGGAAACGAAGAAGGCGGCCGUAUAACGAUCAUAGAGAUAACGCGGCCAUUAUUAUUGAGUUCUCAAACGUGUGUCCUUUCCGUUGGAAACGCGGUGCGUUUGCGUGCUCGUACUGUCCGAGUACCUUCGGUCAUUUCAGAGACGUUUGUACCCACACUCGGGAACACACCAGCCGAAUAGAGGCAAUGAGAUACGCUCGGCCUUAUGAUAACAUUAAGAUUGAAGUCAGCAAUCUUAAAUGUGAAAUUUGUGCUGAAAGCUUGAGUACAUUGGAAGAUUUGAAAUAUCAUUUGAUUGACGUACAUCAGAAGCCAAUUUUAAAACAUCUGGGUUUGGGUGUUACGCCGUUUGUGCUUCAAGACAAAGAGAUGCUCUGUACGCAUUGCGGAGAACGUUUCUCGUUAUUUUCCAAAUUAAAUAGCCACAUGAACGAGCACUACCCCAACAAUAUAUGUUUUCAUUGCGGCAAAUCUUUCACAGCUGUACAUAGAAUGAAAGCCCACCAGCUCACCCACGAAACGAACGACCAGGAGCACAAAUGUUCUAAAUGCAAUGAAGUCUUUGAAACUAGGGUGUUGAGAAACUAUCAUAUGAACACAAAGCACAGUCCGGUAAACCGAUAUAGAUGCCCUUACUGCAAUUUGUCGUUUAAGCGCUACUCUGAUAGAUUAAGACAUUUGAAGGAACUUCACGGCCAAACCAUUGAGUAUCCCUGCCAUUUGUGCUCAGCAGUGUUUGCAAUGUCCGAUCAGCGAACCAAACACAUUAAGAAUGUGCAUAUAAAACAUAAACAAUUCCAAUGUGAUUUUUGCCCCAGUAAAUUCGUGACUGCCGGGCAAUUGAAGAAUCACAUGGUCAAGCACACGGGAAUACGGGAAUUUCAAUGCACCGUCUGUAAAAAGAGCUACGCGCGUGCUAGGACUCUCAAAGAACAUAUGCGUAUACACAAUAAUGAUAGGAGGUUUCAAUGCGAAUAUUGUAAUAAUGCGUUUAUACAAAAAUGCAGCUUAAAAAGUCACAUCCGGACACAUCACCCCAACGCGGAAUCGAACAAAAUAGCUGAAUAAUAUUAUGCGUAUUUAAUACUAUUUGAAGUAGUCCGCUUUUUAUAUGUUCAAAUAGAUGCCCUGCUAACGAAUUUAAUAUUACAAGUACACAGGUUUAUAAUAUAGUAUUUUAAAGUACAUUUCACAUUUUUUUUUUAUUUAAAAUAAAACGAUCUUAUGAA